AUGCUUGCACUAGUCUUCUCCGUCACGAGCUUCCUCACGGCUACCCUCUUGAGCGCUCAGACACCGGCCCAACGAGUGCUCCUGCUCGCCCCGAAUUUCUCAGGUUUCUGCACGGCCAUUGCGAUAGCGCCACCGGCGAAUGCCAACUGUCUACUGAGUGAUUUUCAUUGGGUACCUACACCUGACAACGCGCCACGGCUGGAAGGUACUGUCCGCCUGGUGCCAGAAAUCAGGGUCUACUGCAUACUGCCUCGCAAUCACCCCAUUCGUAUUGAUCUUGACCCAGAUCCCCUACUCAGGCCGUACAUCGAGCUUCAAGUCUGGCGCAUAUCCAACAACGAAUUCAAAAUUACCUUGUGGCAUAGCGAAGGCAUGCUCGAAGUACACGCUAUCGGAGCUACCACCCUCGGUGGGGCUGGUCAGGAUUCGCGCGGCGAAGCCGCGUUUUCUCUUGCAAUGCGUUUGACCGGCCAAAAUUCACCACUCUACGCGUGCUGUCGUGUGAUAGUCUCUGGCGUCGUUCAAUUUCCGCUAUUCCAGGGCGAGACGCGCUAUCUUCCAGACCCGGAACAGGAAUUAGGCCUGCGUUGCUUCGGCGAACAUGCACUCGGCACUUGCAAUGAGGCGAAGGCGCGCAAGAUACUCGAUGGAAGGGACACGGCGAACAAUUGCUCUGAUUUUGUCUCUUGGGACAGUCACAGCGAAGGGCAAGGCGUGCAAUAG